AUGGCUGCUUCAGUCUCAAGAAGAAUCUUCCGCACUUUUGGAUCCUUUACAGCUUUAGGACGCAGCAGCACAAAUGCAUCUGGAAAUGGUUUAAGCUCUCUUCCUUGUGAUCUCAAGUGGGGAAUAAGUGUGCUUUCCAACCGAAAGCUCUCCACUUCUAUUUUGACUCCUGAUGAUACAUUUCCUCAUGAUUUACUUUCCAAGAAGACAGUCAUUACACCAGACCACCGAACCAUAGGACAACAUCAAGACUUGGUCAUUCCGGUCACAAAUUUUCAGAACGAAGACAAGGGUUUCAUGGUUUUAGCUGGUGAUGUCUUUGAUGUUCCUAUUAGGAAAGAUAUCAUUCGCCACAUCGUGAGAUGGCAGCUUGCUAAACGCCAGCAGUGUCUUAAUUAUAACAUAUAA